AUGGCCAAGGAAAUCACCGACAUCAAAGAGUUUUUGGAACUAGCCAGAAGAGCCGACGUGCAGUCUGCCACCGUCAAGAUCAACAAGAAGUUGAACAAGUCCGGUAAGGCUUUCAGACAGACCAAAUUCAAGGUCAGAGGCUCCAGAUACUUGUACACUUUGAUUGUCAACGACGCCGGUAAGGCCAAGAAGUUGAUCCAAUCUUUGCCUCCAACUUUGAAGGUCAACAAGUUGUAA